AUGAAUAUUGAUACCGAGGUCAAAAGAGGGAUAACUGUCCUCUGGGAGACCCUGCAGUGUCCUAUUUGUCUGGAAUUGUUGACUCAACCUGUUUCUACAAAGUGUGACCACCAGUUUUGCAAAUUUUGUAUGCUAAAGCUGUUGGACAACACCAAAAGAAGCACAGCCAACUGCCCAGUGUGUAAAGAAAAGAUAACCAAGAGGAGCUUGCGGGAGAGUCAGAGUUUUCAAAGACUUGUCACAGGAGUGCAGGACAUGAUCCAGGCAUAUGAGUAUGACACUGCCACAAACUAUUUCACUGGACUUGCGCAGGAAAUAAAACGAUCUCACAGUGUCAUUUAUGACAAGCAGGUUGAUAAGCCAACAGACAAAUUGGAGGGUGUUGAAAAUACACUUCAGAGUUCUCACUCAUCAACAAAAGCAGCCCUCCAAGGAUUUGCAAAAGUCAUGGGCUUUGAUGAUUCCAAUCCUUUGAUGACAGAAGGUGAAAUUCAAGAAGGCGGCCUCACAGACUCUGUUCAAACCUCACAGUAUAUGGAGUCAAAGAAAGCAACAGUUAAAACCUCAAGACUAGUGUCUCGAAGGAAAAGCCGAAAGGACCAAGUUGUGCCAGCUGUUUUGGAAAAUCAAACUGUAACGCAAUCUGCUGGGCAGAAAACUGAUCCAGAGUUGGAGCAUAUCUCUGAGAAGAAGAAGAAGGAAAGUGUGGAGAAGGUUGCCGAGUGGCUUCUGAAGGUUCCUGCUGAGGAGAGCCUUGUGUUGGAUGAACCCACAGAAGUUGCUCGCAUUUCAGAUGACUCGAAUCGCUCCGCUUCAACUCCGGACAUCAAGACAUUCAACAAUAAGAAGCAGGUCACCAAAACCCUUGAGGAUGAGGUGUUUGGAACCACCUACAAACGAGAGCGAAAAAGUAACUCAAACGCACACUCCUCAGGGAUACAGCCCAAGGCGACCAGCGUGACACUUGCUGAUGUCAGGAAAAGCACUGAAGAGAAUUGUGGAGAUGUGGAAAUGUCUACAACAAAUAUUCAUGAUGAGGAUCUAGACAAUUCUUCAGAAAAUGAUGAAAAUGACAAAAUUGAUUUUUACAGCCUCGAAAUCAUUCAUCUUAAACGCAAGCCAAUAAAGAGAUUACGUAGUGCAUUACAGCAGGUUGACUCCGAUUUGCAGACAAAGGCGAAGAUGGAAUGCAUUGGUCCGAAAAAAGCAGACAAGCCGAGAGGUUCUUCAGAGAGAGGCAAAUCCACCAGGUCCGCCAGAACUGUGAAACCUCUGAUUCUUGUCGGAGUGCAAAAUGAAGAUGACAUCGCUAAGAGUAAGCUGCCACCAGAGGCCGUUCAGGUUCAUAUUGAGAACUACCCAAGCAGCGAGGACCAGGAGUCGGCCGUCGCAUCCUGCAUUAGGAGAAGCAGAAGGCUGCUUUUGUCCUCCCAGAAUGCACAGCAGCAAACUCCCUUGAAAGCUGCAACUGGACAGGGUGCAAAAACACUCGGAAAGAAAGUCAAAGACAAUAGAACAUCACCUCUGUUGGAUCAAAAUAAUUGUAAAAGUAACGGAUGCGUUUAUGAGAAAGACAUUUGUGCAAUCGAAAACAUGGAGCUCUCCCAUCUGGAGAAUGUUGUCACUGGAGUCACUCUAACUGAAAGCAAGGCAUGUGCAGAUCCUGACCCUCCUCCAAUCCCAAGUUCUGCAACUGACAAUGGGGUUGCUCAAGAAGAGGCAGUUAAGUGUUUGAUUGCAAGUACCCUGGCGGAAAAGGAGGAGAACAGUAAUGAUAGCAAGAUGGACAGUGAUCAACUCUUCAAGCGCUCCAAACCCACCAAAAGGAAGCCAUUCCUCACAACUCGGCAGGGUGCGAAAUCACUUAAAAAGAAUGUUAAAGACAAUGGAACAUUGGUUCAGUCAGAUACAAAGACUCCUAGAAGUAACGGAUACGUUUAUGACAAAAACAUCUGUGCAAUCGAAAACAUGGAGAUCUCCAAUCUGGAGAAUCUUGUCACGGGAGUUCCUCUAACUGAAAGCAAGGCAUUUGCAGAUACUGACCUUCCUCUGAUCCCAAGUUCUGCAACUGUCGAUGGGGUGACUGUGGAAGGUCGAGUUCAUCGUUCAAUUCCGAGUACCACGGCGGAAAAGGAGAACUGUAACGAUAGCGAGAUGGACACUGAACAACUCUUCAAGAGCUUCAAGCCAACCAAAAGAAAGUCAUUCCGCCUUACCCGUUCAAACAGGAAGAAGAGUCAGAGUGGGGAUGAAAAACCCAUGCUCAGUCCGAAGAAGAGCAACCCUACUGAAUCAGAUCAACAGUGUGCCAAAGAACAAACUUUGCCAAUGUCGGACCUAACCGAGCCAUCACCUUGUAGCGAUUUGAUCCCCCCGACCAAUUUUCCCUUGAGGAAAAUAAAUUCAGAAGUGGUAGCUGCUUCAGUUCUCCUCAGGAGUACUGUCAGCAGUGCCUUGAGUCCCAACAAAGUGGCAAUGCGUGAAACAGAAAGCCCUCUUAUGUCCUUUGUCCCCCAGAUCGUUGAUUCUGGACUUUGCUUUCAUGAACGAGAGCGCCAGGUAAUUCCAGAGAGUACGUUAGAAACCUCUACAAGGGAGAGUCAAAAGAACACCACAGAAAGUCCUACCAAGGCUGGGAACAGUUCAGUGACUGCGUACCAACAUCUCUUAGAGACUGACUGCUCCAUGACUCCCGACGGCCUUGACAUCCCACCAGGCCAACCACGUCACGGAACACAGACAAGCCCGCUAUCGUACAGCCGAAGCAAACCUAGGAGGAAAAUGCGAAGGAGAGCCCGGAGGCUGCAGUACUCAUCAGAGACACAAAGCAGCUUCAGUGAGCAGUUGCAAACUUUUGAAAUAUUCCAAAAAGACACUCCACCCACUCAGGACAGAUGUGCCGAUAAAGCUAAUGGACAUGAAGCUAAUGCUGACGCUGACCAGCAGGAAGCUAAUGCUGAAACUAAUGACCAGGAAGCUAAUGAUGUGCCAGGAUGGAGUUCGAGUCCGGACUACGUUGCCUCCAGCCAAGCAUCUGUCGAUUUGUUUGACCCUCCAGAUGAACAUGAUGUGCCAGUGACUGGUGCCAGCAUUUCUGCAGAGUCGUCACAAUUCGCAACUGAGCUUCUUGUCACACAGCAAAAGAUGGAGAUGCAGAAAGAGCUUGUGAGGCUGGAGAAGUUAAUGGCAUUGGUGACCGAGGUGCUCCAAGAGAAGGAGGCCAAUCCUUCUGUGUGCCCAGUUGUGCGAAAAGGUGGUGAAUGUGACCUGGAUGUAAACCAUAAUCCAGAAUGUAAAACCCUAGCAGAAGUUAUGGAGGAGCCUGAGAGACGUCCUCAAAAUGGAGAACAGUUGGCUCAGACUGCUAAAGAAAUGUCGACAACACCCUCUGCACAUGCAGAAGCAGGGGAGAAAAGUGUCGCCGAAUCAAAUUCAACCUCUAGCGACAAAGAGAACAAAACUCCCGAGAGUGACGGAAACAGAGCUAAAAUGGUGCUUGUGUCAUCUGGUUUGGCCCCCGCUGAGCAGAUCACUGUGAAGAGGUUUGCUAAGAGACUCUGCGCUCGUGUGGUUUCCCAGGUGACGGCGGAGGUGACUCACAUUGUCAUGCGCACAGAUGACCAACUUGUAUGCGAGCGUACACUCAAAUACUUCCUUGGCAUUGCAAGCAGAAAGUGGGUGGUGAGCUUCAAUUGGAUUACUGAAUGCUUCAAGCAAAAGAAACUCUUGGACGAGAGUUUAUACGAAGUGAGAGGUGACGUGGUGAACGGGUCUAACCAUCUUGGCCCUAUGAGAGCUCGCACCACCAAUGACGAUAACCUUCUCAUGAGGGACUACGAAAUCUGUUUCCAAGGACCUUUCCCAGACAUGACCACAGAGGAAAUGGAGUGGAUGGUGCAGCUGUGUGGAGCCACGGUGGCCAAAGACCCGCUUGAGCUCCAAAUGAAACGGAAGUCCAAUCAACUGGUCAUCGUUCAGACUGCAUCGGCGCCAUGUACAUACAGCGGUCUCCUCAAACAAGUCCCAGUUGUGACUCGCGGUUGGUUGUUGGACUCGGUGGGCACCUACACCCUCCAAGGUUACAGCAACUACCUAGCGUGA